CUUUAUAAAAUAAUUCUAGAAGAACUUAAAGCCGCCCGUGAUUAUAUUAUUAAAAACCUGAAAAAAGAAUUUAUUAUAUUUAAUAUAGUUCUGUUCACCUCUCUUAUCCUGAUAAUAAAGAAGCCUAGAGAAGAAUUAUAUUUAUAUAUUAAUUACUAG